GGUAACAACAGCAUACUACAUACUCAUACACAAUGGCGCCGCACAAGCACAACGAACAAGACGACGAGCUGACCAUGAGUACCAACGAGUUACUUCAAGGUCAGCUGGAGCUCUACCACCACUGCCUCGCCUUCGUCAAGUCACUGGCGCUCAAGGCCGCCACGGACCUGCGCAUCCCCGACGCCAUCAGCCGCCGCGGGGGCGCCGCCACCUUGUCCGAGCUCGCCGACGAGAUCAAUAUCCACCCGACGAAGCUCUCCAACCUAAGGCGGCUCAUGCGGGUGCUCACCACCUCCGGGGUCUUCUCACUGGUCCAAGGCAAGGACGAACCCUGUGAUGGUGCUGCUGCCCCGCCUGAGUACUACGAGCUGACCGUGGUCUCCCGGCUCCUGGUCGAGAGAUCACCACACGACCUGUCCCCGAUGGUGGACACAAUGGUAGACCCGGUAUCCUGGAACGCUCUGCUGAAGAUGCCCGAGUGGUUCACCGAGGAGCGACCGUCGGGGCUGUCGCUCAUCGAGGUUGCGCAGGGCUGCGACUUCUGGGACACCACGGUGGGCGAUGGCGGCAAGUUUAGCGGAGGCAUGGCCGCCGACAGCCGCGUCGCCAUGCAGGUCCUGCUCAAGGAGCACGGCGGAGUGUUCAAAGAAGUGAAGAGCUCGCUGGUUGACGUCGGCGGCUCUCAUGGUGCCACCGCCACGGCCGUGGCUAAAGCGUUCCCGCACCUCAAGUGCACCGUGCUGGACCUCGCCGACGUGGUAGCCUUGGCUCCCGCCAACGACAGGGUGACCUUCGUCGCCGGGGAUAUGUUCAAGUAUGUCCCGCCGGCGGAUGCUGUUCUACUCAAGUGGAUUUUGCAUGACUGGAAACACGAAGACUGUGUCAAGAUCAUGCGUCUGUGCAAGGAGGCGAUCCCGGAGAGAGAUGCGGGAGGAAAGGUGAUCAUCAUCGACAUGGUGGUCGGGUAUCCGGUGACUCAGCAGCAUGAUUCCAAAGAGGCGCAGGCUUUCUUCGACGUCUACAUGAUGGGCAUGGAUGGAAUCGAGCGAGAGGAAAGCGAGUGGAGCAUGAUUUUCUCCGAGGCCGGCUUCAGCGACUACAAGAUCACUCCAACCAAUGGAAUUCGAUCAAUCAUCGAAGUGUUCCCCUGAAUGCAUUUCAAGUUUCGAAGUUUUAUGCUCCUCAUUUUUAGUUGUAAUAAAUCUCGCGAGAAAUUUGCU